UCUCUAACUCCUCCCAUGUGAGCCUCCCUAAACCUCUGCUCAGCCCAGCCCAGCCGGUGUGAAACCCAAUAACUAGGAUCACUCAACAAUGCCUUCCCUUCACAGGCUGCACCUUGGCUGCACCAAGGAAGAGCACAGCAGAGUGAGAAAGUGCUGCUGUCGGCAAGAGCUCUAGAAUCACUUGCCUCCACCACCCUGCAAAGAUCAAACCAGAGGGUGAAAGAAAGAGGGAGCAAACUGGUGGAGGAGGAGAGAACCAGCCUGAAGCAACAUGCUGGCUCCAGCUGGACUCCGAAUGGACCAGCUGCUGAUGCCCUGGUGGCUUUUCCUGUGUUUUUUAGGCAUGCUCAAAAUUGUGUCUUUGGAACAAGGUGCUGCACUCUCCUGCCCACCUCUGUGCCACUGUGAAGAAGAUGGCAUCAUGCUCUCAGUGGACUGUUCAGAGCUUGGCCUCUCUUCUGUUCCUGAUGGCCUGAGUCCCUUAACAGCCUACCUUGAUCUGAGCAUGAACAACAUCAGUGAACUGCUCCCUGGUGACUUCCAACACCUGCGCUUUCUAGAAGAAUUGCGCCUUUCUGGAAAUCAGCUCUCUAGGAUCCCAGGGGAAGCAUUUUCUGGCCUCUACAAUUUAAAGAUUUUGAUGUUACAGAACAAUCAGCUCAACCGGAUUCCAGCAGAAGCUUUGUGGGAUCUUCCAAACCUCCAGUCACUGCGCCUAGAUGCCAACUUGAUUUCUGUGGUACCAGAGAAGAGCUUUGAGGGGCUUCCCUCCUUACGUCACCUUUGGCUGGAUGAUAAUGCCCUGACCGAGAUCCCCAUCAAAGCACUUAAUAACCUGCCCUCUCUACAGGCCAUGACCUUGGCACUCAACAAAAUCUGGCACAUUCCUGACUAUGCCUUUGAGAACCUUACUAGUCUUGUAGUUCUACAUCUGCAUAACAACCAAAUCCAGAGUCUGGGAAUACAUGGCUUUGAAGGACUUCACAGCCUGGAAACAUUGGACUUGAACUAUAAUGAGCUGGUGGAAUUUCCAAUAGCCAUUAGGACACUCGGACGACUUCAAGAGCUAGGCUUUCAUAACAACAACAUCAAGGCUAUUCCAGAGAAAGCAUUCGAUGGAAAUCCUUUACUCCAGAUUAUGACUUUGACACGAGCUGAAAUCCACUCACUUCCCAAGGGAAUGUGCCAAGAGUUACCCAGCCUUCGUAUUCUUGAGCUCUCACACAAUCAAAUUGAGGAGCUGCCCAGUUUCCACUACUGCCAGAGGCUGGAAGAAAUUGGCCUUCAGCACAACUGCAUCCAUGAAAUUGGAGCAGACACCUUUGGGCAGCUCACAGCCUUGCGCUCCAUCGAUCUGAGUUGGAACUGCAUCCAGCACAUCCAUUUUGAAGCUUUUGUGACCCUACAUGCUCUUAUCAAACUAGAUUUGACUGACAAUCAGUUGGUGACACUGCCGUUGGCUGGUUUGAGUGGACUGACACACCUCAAGCUCAAAGGCAACCCUGCAUUGUUGGAACCCUUCAGCAAAGAAAGCCUUCCCAAGAUAAGGGUCCUGGAGGUGCCCUAUGCCUACCAGUGCUGUGCCUAUGGAGCAUGUGGCAACUUCUUCAAAGGCUCCAGUCAGUGGGAUUUGGAAGAUAUGAGUCCUGAGGAUGAGGAUGGCUCCAAGAGAACCUUGGGACUAUUUCCAGGCCAUGCUGAUAGUCACUAUGACUUGGAUGUAGAUGACUUCCAGUUAGAACUUGAUGAUUCAAAGCUAUACCCUAACAUCCAGUGUACUCCCAGCCCUGGUCCUUUCAAGCCAUGUGAUCACCUGUUUGAGAGCUGGGUCAUCCGCCUGGGCGUCUGGCUAAUCACAUUGGUCUCCAUGCUGUGCAAUGGGCUGGUCAUGGUGGUUGUCUUUGCUUCACCUGGCUAUCUCUCUCCUAUCAAGUUUGUUAUCGGCACCAUUGCCGGUUCUAACAUACUGACAGGCCUGUAUUGUGCUAUUCUGGCCUUUGUGGAUGCAUUCACCUUUGGUCAUUUUGCAAAAUAUGGAGCCAGGUGGGAGACAGGUAUAGGGUGCCAGGUGACUGGAUUCUUGUCAGUCUUUGCAUCAGAGGCUUCCAUUCUCCUCCUAACAUUGGCCACUGUGCAAUGCAGUCUCUCAGUGUCAUGCAUGCAGACAUAUGGGAAAGUACCAUCCUUUGGCAGUGUCAAAGCAGGUGCCCUAAGUUGUCUGGCACUUUCUAUGGUUGCAGCAGUGCUGCCUUUCUUCUCUGUUGGGGAAUACGGGGCAUCUCCACUCUGCCUACCUUACCCACUCCCUGAUGGGAAGCCUUCCAUGUUGGGUUUUAUGGUGACUUUGGUGCUGAUAAACACCCUCUGCUUCCUCAUUAUCACUGGGACAUACAUUCGCCUCUAUUGCAACCUAUUGAAAGGCGAAUUUGAUUCUGUAUGGGAUUGUGCUAUGAUCAAGCAUGUUGCUUGGCUCAUUUUCACCAACUGUCUUCUCUACUGUCCCGUGGCCUUCCUGACAUUCUCUUCUAUGCUCAGCCUCUUCCUCAUCACACCUGAAGUAAUCAAGUCUGUGUUGUUGGUGGUGCUCCCUCUGCCCGCCUGCCUAAACCCCUUGCUCUACCUGCUCUUUAACCCCCAUUUCAGAGAUGACCUGCGGUUACUGAAGCAAAAGGGGAAGGCUCAGGAGAGCUGUGCUCAGUCCUAUGUGUCUGAGGACACAGAGAAGAGCACAUAUGACUCUACUCAGGCCCUUGUUGCUUUCUCUGACAUGGAUCAUAUCUUUGAGGGAUCAGACAUCUUCAAAGUACCUUCAAGUUGCUCAUCAGUCUUAGAUGCCUACAACUUCCCUUCAGUGACUCUCAUCCCUUGCCAACAAAAGGCACGUGUGAAAGGAUAUGACAAUGGCUUCUCUACCCACCUGUCCUACCUUGCUGAAGAUGAGCUGCUAAUUGCAUCAGAAAGCAGGGACACAACAGCAAGGAGUAACCUUCGGAUUGCUUUGUUCCCCACAUCAUCUACACCAGCCUUCACUUCUCACUUAUAAACUAUCUUUCAGCUUUCCGGACACAAUGUACAUUCCUUCAGUGAAAAACCUAUGCAAAGAUACCAUGCUGUAGCCACCAUGAGCUCUUCUGGGGGAAAGGGCAACCCAGUUUAUUGCUUCUUCUGGAAAGAAGGCUUGAUUGAAUGCAAGGUGCGGUUUGCUCCAUGUAUUGCUUUGCUGGAGCAUUAUCUCCUCCUAUCCUGAAGCACUGCACUGCAGAGUAUUUCUCAGUACAGGAAAAACUAGGGAAGAGUUCAAAUCCUCAAAGUAUGUUAACAAGAAGACAGGCUAUUACAUAGCAAAGCAAGCCAGUUGCAAAACCGGAAGCUACUGCACUACCUAACCAAUCGUGUCUUGGUUUCCUGAGAUAUUUCUGACCCCUGAUAAAUUGUAUGAGACCAACUGCUAAUUGUAAUGAAGUGUUGAACUGAAGAAUCAUAUCCUAAGACAGCGAAAGAGUAGGUAUAAUUCUGGAUGAUGUUAUGACUGAUAUAACGUAAUGUAAUGAGAUACACAAUCACUUCUGCUUUUACAAAAUAUCUGAAAACUUUUACAAAAGAGGAGUGGCCUUCAAUUUGGAAAACUGCAGUUUUCAUAGAGCCUAGAUUUUUCAAAGAAUGUCUGCAGAUGUCUAAAAUAACCCCCAAGAAAUUAAUGCAUUCCAAAACGUCUUUUAUUAAAGCAUUGCUGCCUGUGAGUCAAAGUGUAGUGGAUAAUCCAAAAUUAGAAGAGUUUUGCAGCCCACCCCUCUAAGAACCAGACCACGAGCUUAGCUCACUGCUUAGGAUAGAUUGCAUUUUUUUGGCUGUAGUUCCACCAGAGCCCAUGAGUAUAAAGUGAGCGGAAAAACAAUUUAAGGAAGUCAGUUCUAAGCUAAGGACCUUCACCCAGACUAUUGAAGAACAAACAGUAUAGAAAUACUUCUUAUGCCUUGUAGCAUUCUCAAUUUUUAAACCUGCCAGUGCUACAAAGAAGAAAGCUACUAAACAUAGCCAUGUACUCAAGAAAAGGCAAGACACAGAAUUAGUACUCAUAGGACAGAUUCCCACCAUGAAAUAUCCUUAGCCAGUGCUGUAAAUCUAACACAGUACAACUACACAUAAAGCCAACUGUUACAUAUACUGUGUUCCAAUUGCACAGUGAUAGAAAUAAUGUAAGCAUCAGUAUUGACAUAGUUCAAGUCUGAAAACAAAAACAGUAUAUUUUGGCUUAUGAAAUUAAGCUUUUAACCAUCAACUUUUCAACUUUUUUUGCAAAUUAAGGGUACAAAUUACAAAGGGGAAUUUACGCCUUUUGCCUUCCCGUCUAAAGGAAAUUUCUGUUUUAUGGCUACCCUAAGGCUAAAUCAUCAUGAGGUUUUCUUGGCAGGGUUUGUACAGACAUUGUCUUCCCGUGAGGCUGAGAGUGAUUGCUCAAGGUCACUCAACAGAUUUCCAUGACAGAGUGGGAGUUUGUAUCCUGAACUCCUAGAAUACUAGUCUAACAUGUAAACUACUGUACCACGAUGGUUUACAAUGACAUAGGGCAAAUCAGGAGGCUGGGUCUCACUGUUAACGUCAUUGUGAGGUUAAGGCAUACAAGCAAAUUUAUCUUAUAAUUUUGAUGGGAUUCAUUUCCAAAAUGAACUAAUUGGAGAAAAUACCGUACACUUUUAAGAGCAGGUUAAUAAAAAACCUCCAAAUUAUUUUUACAUUCUGUUUAUUUAUUUAUUUACAGUAUUUAUAUUCCACCCUUCUCACCCCACAGGGGAUUCAGGGCGGAUUACAAUGUACAUAUACAUGGCAAACAUUCAAUGCCAUAGACACACAACAUAUAUAGACAGACACUCAGAGGCUAUUUAACUUUCCAGCUUCUGGCCACCAGGGGAGCUGUUGCUUCCUCAUUCUUUGCAUACUCCCUGGAGAUUUUUUAUGGCCUCGUAAAUCUGUUCUUUGCUGAUGUCUAGCUAUCAGCAUUAGUAACUUGUCCAGUGUUGUAUGAGGACAUUCUUAUCAAUGGAGUCACCACCACCACCACCACCACCACAUUUUAAUCCCUUAAGAGGUUUUAGCUCUUAUUAGAAUUGGGAGAGAAACCUUAAGA